AUCCAUCUGGUAAUUGAGCUCAACAAAUAUGACAACUAUCUUCGGCUCUUCAAACGCAAUGUUUCUGAACAUUGAAGCCAACAAAGAAAAUAUUCCACCCGGUACUGAAUUCAAAAAGGAAUCCUUCGUGUUACCAGAGCCACGUGUAAAUCGAACAACAGAUCCAGAUCAUGAAAAUUUGCUUCCAUCUCCUGUUCCAAGACCAUCUCCAGCCAUGUCACAACUCUCCGAUGCUUCAUUUCUUUCACAAGACGGAGGAGCGGUCAACACAAGUGCCGACGAGGCAGAUGACGAUCUAGAAGUGACAUCAAGAAAAGAAAAGAGUUUGGGAUUGCUCUGUCAAAGAUUUCUGAUUGCUAUCAAUGAAGAGACAGUCGGCUCAUCAACAAGAGAGGUCCAUCUGGAGACCGUUGCAAGGAAAAUGAAUGUUGAAAAACGACGAAUCUACGAUAUUGUCAAUGUAAUGGAAGCGCUCGACGCCAUGCAGAAAACUAACAAAUCAUACUAUCAAUGGCAAGGAUUAGAGUCUCUUCCAAAGCUCAUGUUUGAUUUGCAGAACGAAGCAGUUGAAGAAGGUCUUCCAGAGCGUGUGCUUCGAGUGGAACAAGCAAUGUGCUCUUUCACUGAGUUGUCAUCACCACGUGGCAAACAGGGCUUCAAGGAUAUUGUCGGCUCUUUUGUUUCAUGUACUUCAACACCGACCACUCCAAGUACUUCAUUCGAUUCAGUGACCGUAAAGAUGGAGCCGGCUGGAUUACUAGAAAAACGAUCGAGAGUUGACACUCGUGACAGACAGGGAAGAAACUCGUUGGCUCAGCUGUGCAGACGGUUUUUGAUGGUUCUUUUGAGCAACCCGAAGAAUAUCCGAAAAGUGAGCCUCGAUGUAGCUAGCACAGUUCUCAUCAAGGAUCCGGAAACAGAAGGUUUUGAACCACCAAGCAGAAGUCGAUGCAGACGCUUAUAUGACAUUGCCAAUGUCCUGGUUGCUCUUGGGCUCAUUAAAAAGGUUCAUUACCUUUUUGGAACAAAGAAAAUCCCGCUUUUCGUUUACUGUGGUCCUGAACCUGAUCAAACCGGAAGCUUCGAUGUUUUCCAAUCAGUUGAACGCCUUCUGAGUAGUUCACAAAAUGUUCCACAAACUCCAAUUAUAAAAGCACAGACUGACAAAAUUGUGCAACAAAUCGCCGGAUUCGGGAAGAGAACGCUCUCAGAACAAAAUUUAACAAAACCAAGCGGGAAUACUCCAAAAAUCGCAAAAAUCAAGUCAGCAGCUGUCAGAUCAUCACCAAUGUAUAUGGAAAAUAAUUUGUUUAUGUUCGCAGAGGUGGUUACUGCUGAGGCUGCAGCUGAGAAAAUGAGAUAUGAUGCUUUUGCUCAACUUUCAAGAACUAUUUUGGGAUCAGUAGCAUCAAUUAAUUCAUUAAAUGCACCACUUACAUCUUCACAGCAUCCAAUGACAUCCAGGCUUCCACCUCUUCCAAUGGCUCCUCUUCAACUUCCCAAGCUUCCAGAGAUUCCAAAGCCACAGGCUCAAAAGCAGUUUACAUUCCCAGCAACGUCUAGGCCUCGAUUCAAUUUCCCUGACUAUACACCUGUGCAAUCGACAAUACGCCCACUCGUAUCUCAGAUGACAUUUCCACAAGAAUCUUCGCAACUUCACAAUUUAGACGUCAAGCCAAAACAUUUGAUGUCCAACAUUCUUGGCGAAUCGAAGAAAUUUAAGAAUAAUCAGAAUACGUUCGAGCACACGACAUCUUCCGCAUUCCAGGUGGUUAAGAAAGGAGAGACACGACCAAAAAAAGUCUUCGGAGAGAUUCAAAACCUACAGUAACUUCAAUCCAUCUUCAACAUUUCUCCAUUUCUCAUUUCCCAUUUUCUCAUGUAUAGCUAGUCCCAUUUCUCAAUCUCUUUUUUCAUGUAUCAUUUUCUCUCGGUUUCAGACUCACCACCAUUCUCAACUUUUGAAUUCAAUUACUUUCGAAACUUAAUCAUUUUCUCAGAAUUAUCAUGUAGAUCUUUCAAUCUUAAAAAAAUAUUUUUCUGCAUCUUCUACACUACCCUCUGUCCAUUUUCUUUCACUGUUCCUCUUGGUAUCUCUCUACGAUUGUUUCCCUCAAAUUGCGAGUCCUCCAUUUCAAUUUCUUGUAAUUUAUCAUUAAAUGACUAUAAAUUUUUUAACAACGU